AGCCGAUCUACUUCGGGAAGCUACAAAAAUGUACAUUUGUUCAGAUUCGUCCUCUAGCAAACGAAGUUUUAAAGUUUCUGCACUUGAUCCCAUUCAUGAUGACCACCAUGCUUGGAGGACGCAUUCGCAUGUUCAUCCCCUGGUUCAGACUCACUGUCAGGACGACCGUAUUUCGGUCAUAUACGAGCCUCCUCUCGUUAUUCCUACGACUGAUCCGAUAUUGUCAAGUCGUUAGUGGAAAACAUAGAGCUUUUCAGGAACCGGGUUCAGCAUCGAGCCGUUAUCCGACAGAGCAAAAGAAGUACACUUCUGAGAGCCUCGCAGUACCUGAAGCGUCAUCACAUAGCGCAGAUUCGAAAGGCGUAGCUUCCAGAACCCGAUCUCCUGGGUCCUCUUCUGCGCCAUUGGUUCAACGAAACUAUGGGAGCACGCCUGAGCCCCGCAUUCACCAUAACAACACCGCGGCGCCACCAGAUCCUCCUGUGACAGAGCAUUCCUUUCAUAUUACAACCCCCAUCAUACCCGGACAGAUAGAGCGAUCUGGUAGCAAACAGACUAAUCAAACAAUGUAUGAGAUUCCGGCAGGUCCCUUGGACUGUUCAAAGGAAUUUGAUCCAGUGCUGGGAUGGGAGCCGCUCAUACACCCGGAAGGCGCUUUGUUUUUCUACCACUCCAAUUGUAGAGUUUUCACUUAUGCCGAUGUUCGAGGCCACGAAACUGCAGUGGAAAUGGACGAGAUGGCUAAGAAGGCAUACGAAGAAGCGCACAACGUGAACGCCUUUUUGGAUCGUUCAUCUGUGGAGCUGGUGUUAGAGCGCACAAAAGGGGAGGAUAGCAAAUGGGGCUACUACUUUGCCGAUCACGACAAACGUGUCAUUUUCUGGCUCAAACCCCAUAAAUCUGAAGAACUUAUGGGUAACGUUCAAGGAGUGAACAGUGCAAGUCACAUCAAGUAUGCACUAGAAUCACAAUACUGGAAACAUGUUGAACUAUUUCCAAAUGAGCGUUUCCUUCCGAAAGACAUCGUCGUGAGACUCAAGGAAAUUGUCAUGUAUACUCAGGCAGACAGUAUCACAUCUGAAACUUGCCUAACACCUUUGGAUUCGAAUGAGAUUGCAAGUACACUUGGUCUUAUGGAUUCUCUUAUGAGUGAAUCAUUCCCUAAUCCGGGUGGGUCGCUGUUGAUCGUCUUUCCAGGCAAUAUUGGCCAGAAGCAUGAACAUUCUGUGUGGAUCGUCGCUCGAUUUAUGGGGCUUUUCUGCUUCAACAACUUCGUGAAUUUCUGCGGACAACCGGGCGCCCGACUUGAUGUGGGCCAGUCGUUGUACGAAGAUUCCGACACGCAACCAAAAAAUAUCUUUUUCCGCGUCAUGAAUAUCAUCCUGUUUGGAUCCCUUGAUGCUCAUAGCAAGGCUCUUCACAUGAUAUGGGUCGAUCGCACCAUCGUUCGACGGCGGUGGAAGGAUUUCAUCAAUGGGCUCAAUAACGAAUGGAAUGGAUAUACAAUAUUCUCUACGGUAAUGCUUGCUGUUGACAUCAGCUUUCUCGCGGUUCCAUCCGUCCAGAAUCAACCAUCUGCAAUUCUUGUAUCAUAUCUGUCUACCCUCUGUGCUAUGGGCUCGUUAGCGGUCUCACUAGUCUUGGCCGCACAAGUCAACGACAGCCGGCGAGAUUCUGCUGAAAGCGCGGCCUCGUUCAUGGUAACGAUAUCACGCUCUAUGCUCGGCCUCGAGAGCCUUGCCCUCGUGCUCACUCUGCCGUACGCUUUUCUGCUUUGGGGAAUGAUAUUCUUUGCUGUAGCAUUGCUUACGCUGAUUGUCCGCACUUCCGGUGUUGUCACUGUCUCGAUUGUAUCUUCCAUGUGGGCUGUUGUGGUCAUAGUGGCGGCGUGGCCAAUAUUGGCUGUCAAUGGUUUUCACCUCUCUCACCUGUUUUCCUGGGUCAUCCGACGCAGGACGUUCAACCUGCCCCGCUGAGGAUGGGAUUUGAAAAAAGAUAGUGGUUGCUGUUGGGAGGCAAAAUCGUCAUGAGCAGUGAGUGCGGAUGUACACAAUACUACGAGUCUGCGCAAUGACACAAUCGAGAAUUUUGACCUAUUCAACACACUCUCACUCCCCAAUCUAUGCGCGUUCAAAGCUUACAAUAUAUAUCCAUGGCCUCACGACGAGUUCAAGGUAUUUUUGACGUGGUCACAGUUUCCCCUGCAGAAACUGUCAAUGACUUUCAGCUUCGAAAUGAUGAUAG